UCCUGUUCCUGCCCUUCUUCUUCUCCUGUUAGAGCUUUGUGCGGCGUGCCGCCUACCCUGUACUUGAGCGUUGGUGGUGGCAUUGCUGCUGCUGGCGUGAGGACGGUAAGGAGGCGGCCGCUGCGCGUUGUGGGAGAGGGAGGAGGGAGGAAGGGAGGAGUGGAUGCGCGGGCGCGUGUGCGCUCGUUGCUUCCUGCCUGCUGCUAAGGCUGUGGUUAGGGGGCGUGGGCUGCGUGCGUGGGAGGCGGGGGGGAUGGGCUGCUACAUUUUUUCUUCUUCUUGUGGUUGUGUGACGUGUAUGUAUAUGGUUGUUUGCGGGUGUGAGCGUGCGUUGUAUGCGAAUGUGGCUGCGGUGUCGAUGCUGUUGCCUACCUACCUAUUUGAUACCGUUCGUUCGUUCGUGUCCUUGUCUGUCUCGGCCUGCUUUUGUUUUUAUAUAUGUCUACGUGCCCUACUGUAGACAAUCACCGUAGGCAGGCAGCUCACGACAGCGCUCGCUGAAUUGGCAGCAGCUAUCGCGCGUAAUCAAUCACUUCAUCACGC